AUGCUAGGUGGAUUUAGAAGAUUUUCAAGUUUGGCCAAUAAUUUAUAUAGUCAUUUGGAUUUGAAAGCGGAGCCGGAAAAGGUUGGUUUUUUUUUUUUUUUGAAAAAAUCAAUAAAAAUUCUGAAAUUUUCAGGUUUUAUUCAUUGAAAAUGCGCGGAAAAUGAAAUAUGGAGAAUUUGUGAAAAGAGCUGGACAAUAUGCGACUGCUUUGACUGAAAAUUAUAGCAUCAAGGUAAUUUUUGAGCUAUGACGUGGCAGAUUUUGAAGCUUUAAAAAUUUGUAUGGAUACUAAAAUUAUAGGAAACUGUAAAAUUUAUAGGAAAAAUUUGAAACAGUGAAAUAUUUUCUAUUAUUCAAAAAUUAUUUUCUGAAAAUUCCGAUGGUCUAGAAUUCCUAGUAGGUUUUCUAGGCCAUAAGGAAUUUUGAGUGAGCUAGAACUUGAACACGUCAUAACUCAUAUUCAGCAGGAUCCUGAACUAGACCUCUAACCCAAAUCCACAUUUUCUUCCAGAAAGGUGAUCGUGUAAUGGCUCGUGUAUCAAAAUCAAUCGAUACAGCUGCUCUUUAUAUUGGUUGCCUUCAAAUUGGAGCACUUUAUAUUCCAGUCAAUCCAGGUUAUACUGAAUCAGAAGCUGCACAUUAUAUCAAAGAUGCUACUCCAAGUUUAUUAGUUACUUGUAAUGAAGAAUUGGAUAAGGCAUUUAGGUGGGCUUUUUUAAGGGGAAAUUUGAGAUUUUGUCCGAAAAACCUGUGAAAAUUUAUCCAAAAUGGAGAUUUAAAUUUUUCCACUGUUUCAAAAAAAUUAUAAGAUACAUUGAUUAAUUUUGAAAUUUAGUACUUGAGAAACAUAUUAUAUAAAAUUCCCCAGAAAAUUCACUGUUCCAAAAAAUUUUCAAAUAAAAAAUCAAGCUCAAGUUGUAAUCUCAAAAAAAUUUUCCAAUGAAAAAUCAGAUUAUGAAAUUUUUCACUGUUUCAAAAAAUGUAUAAGAUUUUUCGAUUGAUUUUGAAAAACUUGAUUUCUCAUAACUUACUUUUUUGAAACAGUGAAAAAAUUCAAAGUUCAUUUUUGGAUAUUUUUUUCGGCUUCUAAUCAUUAAUAAUUAGUUGAUAUUUAUCAAAAUUUUGAUUUGAACCAUCUUAUAAUGUUUAUGCUGUAUAAAAUUCACUGUUUCAAAGAAUUUUCAAAAAAAACAUCAAGCUGAUUUUAUUUGAUUCAUUCGUGAGCUGCAAUUCAAUAAAAAUCGGGAUUCUUGAGAUCUGAAAAAACUCUAAAAUUCAAAAUUUAUCCUGAAAAAUUGCUCAAAAUUCAAAUUUGACUUUUUUCACUGUUUCAAAAAAAUUCAUAAGAUAUUUUUAUUCUCCAAAUUUUGGUUGGAAAAAUUGGAAUUUUGGAAUAAUCUAGAAAAAAUCAGAAUUUUCUUCGAAAAAAAAUCCCUCCAGAAAAUUCACUGUUUCAAAAAAUGUUAAAAAUUUAUAAAGAUUUUUCAUAAAUUCCAAGAAUUUUCAAAAAUCAAAGUUUUUCAAAUCCAAAUUCCAAGCCUAAUUCUUUCCAGAAAUCAAAUCUCUGUUAUAAAUGAGUCCAAAUUAUCUUCCGAUGUUUCCACCCUCAAACCAUGCACUGAAAUCGAACACGUCGAACUCCAAGAUCCCGCCUCAAUUUGCUACACUUCUGGAACUACCGGACUUCCAAAAGGCGCUAUUUUGACUCAUAAAAUGCUCAUAAAUAAUACAAAUAACCUGGUGAAACAGUGGAAUUUUACAGAUAAUGAUAGGUAUGUCAAUGGAGCGAACUUCAACAAAAAAUUGAUUUUUUCUAGAAAUCUCCACGCUCUUCCAUUCUAUCAUGCACAUGGGCUAUUUAUCUCAUUCCUAUGCUCAAUUUCCUCACAUUCAACUAUUAUUUGGAGACCUAGAUUUGAUGUUGAAGAUACGAUUCAGCAUCUCAAAACAUCUACAGUGAUGAUGGGAGUUCCAACAUUCUACAGUAGACUUUUGAAUAGUCCCAAUUUCAACGAAGAAGCUUUUGGGAAUAUGAGAUUAUUUUUAUCCGGAUCUGCUUCACUUUCAAGUGCGAUUUUUGAGAAAUUCAAGGAACACACUGGACAUGUGAUUUUGGAAAGAUAUGCGAUGACUGAAGCAUUGGUUAUAACAACUAACCCAUUAAAUGGGAUCAGGAAGGCGGGAACUGUUGGACUUCCAGUUCCAGGAGUCGAUUUACGAAUUGCUACGAAUUCAAAUGUAAUUGAGAUUAGAUCCCCUGCAAUAUUCGGGGGAUAUUGGAAGAAUCCAAAAAAGACGGCUGAAGAAUUCACUGAAGAUGGUUGGUUUAAAACUGGAGAUGUUGGAUUUGUUGAUGAAGAUGGAUAUUUGACGAUUGGUGGAAGAUCAAAAGAUAUGGUUAUUACUGGUGGAUUAAAUGUUUAUCCGAAGGAAUUGGAAGAUUUUAUUGAUACGUUGCCAUUUGUUGAAGAAUCGGCGGUUAUUGGUGAGAGCAAUUUUGGGGGAGAUUUGGGAAUUUUUGGGAAAAAAAUUAGGAAACUAUUAUUUUCAUAUCAACAUCACUAAUAUAUCAAAAAUCGUUAUUUCUAAUUCUUCAUAUGAAAUAGUUGAAACAGUGGAUUUUUGAACAUCAUGAAAAUUUACUGUUUCAAAAUUUUUGGCUGAAGCUUGGGAGAUUCCAAUUUUCGAUGAAUUUCUCAUAGUCAAUUAUAAUUUGUUUUUAUAAGUUAAUAUUACUAAUAAUCAUUUCUUCUGAUUUUUCAAUAUGAAAUAGCUGAAACAGUUAAUUUUUGGGAAUUUUAGAUCAACGGAAAAUUUUACGUUUCAACAAGUUUAUAUGAAAAAUUUGGUUCAAAUUGUAAAUGAUGCAAUUUCAAUGUGCAUGAAGAUUUGAAAAGCAAAUUCAUAUUUCCAGAUUUCUGAUGAACCUAAUGUAAGGACUUUCGAAAAAUUCAAAAAUCUUUGGAAACUUUUUAGAAUUUAUCAAAAAUCGUCAUUUUUGAUUUUUCAAUAUAAAAUAUUUGAAACAGUGGAUUUUUGAUAAUCACCUAAUAACUUGACAACAUACCACGCCCAGGGUGAGGCAUUUGCACGGCGCCAAUAGAAAAAUACGGCAAUUCACCUCGCCAAUUUGAGAUUUUCUUCAAAAAACGGCAAAUUUUUGCUUGUUUUUCCGUAAAAAAGUCGUAUUUUUCAGUCAAAAAGGUUGUUUUCACCUCGCCAAAAUUUUCAAAACCCACAACGCCAAUUUUAACAGUUAAUUUGCACGAAGUUGGGCGUGGUAUGCUUGACAAUUAAUUUAAAAUUUCGAAUUCGAAAUUUAUUGAUAAAAAAAUCACAAUUUCAUCAUACGUUUGUUUGGAAAAACUUCUAGAUCUCGCAUCCAUCAAAAAGCGUUAUUUCUGAUUUAUAAGAAUUCAUACUAAAUAGUUGAAACUGUGGAUUUUUGAUGACCAUAAAAAUUCACUGUUUCAACAUUUUUAUAUGAAAGUGUUGAUUCAAGUUGUGAAUAGUUUCGAUAUUAACAAAAAACGUCAACACUUGGUUCCCCAGAAAAAAAAUGAAAAGAUUUUGGCACGCAAACAGAAAAUUUCUGGAAAAAUUCACUGUUUCAACAAAUUUUGAUUCAAGUAGUGAAUAUUCAGAUUUUGAUUCCUCUGAGGGUAUAUAAGAUAGGUUAAAAUUGAAAAGUUGCCGGUUUUUAACAAUAUUUAUAAAAAAAGAAAAAAUCAUCGCAAAAAAAUUAAAAAUAAUACUUUUAUCCAAGAUACAUAAAUUUAUAUUUUUUGUUAUAAAUCCAACAAAAAUAUAAUGAAUUUUUAUGGCCGAAUAUGUUUUUGUAAAAACCAUAUAUUUUUAAAAGAACAAAUUCUGAUUUUCGAAAAAUAACGAUUUGCGCCGAGCACAAAUCGUUAUAUUUUAAUUUUGGAUGUGCGUGGUGAAAAUUUAUUUUCUAACGUGACCUUUUAUUUUCUAAAUCUGACGAUUUGAUCCGAGCUCAAAUCGUUAGAUUUUGAAAAUCCAACCGAAAUCAUUCUUCAUAUGUUUUUUGCAUUUCUUAACACAUGAUAAGUUUUCAAAAACCGUUGUUGUCAUUUUCCAGGACCACACCAAGAAAUUUUUGAGACAUAUUGCCUCAAAAAAUACGUCGAGAUGAAACAAUUUCAAAAAGAGAAAUGACUAAAUCCAACGAAAAAUUAUACGUGUCACACGUUUUCUGGUUGGGUUUCGCCAUUUCUCUUUUUUUGAACUGAUCCAUCUUAUCCGUUUCGAGACGAGAUGCGUUAAAAUGACUUAUGGAGUUGUUUUGGGCAAUACAGACAAUUAUAAAAGUUUGUAGAACAUGCUAUGGUGCCCAUGAAUUGUAAAACAAAUAUAAACAACUUUUUUUUCGGAUUUUCAAAAUCUAACGAUUUGAGCCAGGAUCAAAUCGUUAGAUUUUAAAAAUAGAAGGUCACGUUUUUAGUCACAAAUAAUAUUUUUUUUUGUUUUCAAAAUAUAACGAUUUGGGUUGGGAUCAAAUCGUUAGAUUCUGAAAAUAAAUACAACGUUUCUAAUUCAAAUAAAAUAAACUGAAAUAUUUGCCUAUUUUUAAUCAAAAGUACAGUAACAUUUAUCGAUUGAAUAUUUUCAUUGAUUUUCAAAUUUAAAGCUAAUGAUUUGGACAGAUAUUUGAUUUUUCCGUCAAAACCGGCAACUUUUCAAAUUUAACCUAUCUUAUAUGCUCGAAAAAUUUCUGAAAACCAAUUUUAGCAUCAAAUUUAUAUUUUAUAUUUUUAUAUUAUAAUGCUCAAAAAUAACCAUAAAUACUCGAUGUUUCUGAUUUUCCAUAUAAAAUUGUUGAAACAGUGGAUUUUCGAAAAUUUUAGACCGCCAUAAUAAUUUACUGUUUCAAAAUUUUAUCAUAAAAGUUUUGCUUCAAUAGUCAAAUGAUGAAGCGUUGGCAUGUGAAACAUUUAAUUUUAGGAACCUGAAAAUAAGAAUUCAAAAUUUAAAAAUUGAAAAUUAUUGGAAAAACCCAGAAUAUCAAAUAUAGCAAUUUCUGAUUUUUUAUAAAAUAUUUGAAACAGUGGAUUUUCGAGAAUUUUAGAUGAUCGGAAAAAUUCACUGUUUCAAAAUUUUAAUAUGAAAAUGUUGAUUCAAGUAGUAAAUAAUGAUUCUCACAAUUUUUGUUUAAAAAAAUGUCCUAGGUCGAAUUUUCAAUAGCUCCAACGAUGUUGGAAAAAUUCAUAAAUCUUAUUCGGAAACUUCUGAAAAUUGACGAAAAAUUGGUUUAUUUUUAGAUUGAAAUUUUUAUGGACUUAUUAUUUUUUAACUCAAAACGGAUCAAAAAUCCCUAUUUCUAAUUUUUUAUACAUUUAAAAUUUUUGAAACAGUGAAUUUUUGAGAAUUUUAGAAGACCAGAAAAAUUCACUGUUUCAAAAUUUUCUUAUGAAAAUUUUAGAUGAAGUUGUGAAUAGUCCAACCGGCACUUUAUGUUUAGAAUCCUAAAAAUCAGAAUUUCAUGAGAUUGUUGGAAUUUUUUCAAUUUGAAUUUCUCUGGAACUCCUCUUAAAAUUCAGAAUUUUUAAAUAUAAAAUUUUUGAAACAGUAGAUUUUUGGGAAUUUUAGAUGACCAGAAAAAUUCACUGUUUCAAAAAAAAUAUUUUUUUGCAGCCUCACCCCACCCAGAUUUUGGCGAAGCAGUUGUUGCAGUCGUUGUACCAAAUGACAAAUCAGUAAAUCACAAAGAAUUCGAGCAAAAACUGAUUGGAAUUAUGAAGAAAAAAGUGGCGAAUUACAAAGUUCCAAAACGUGUUAUUCUACUCGAUUCGUUGCCAAGAAAUCAUAUUUCGAAAAUUCAGAAAAAAGAGCUUCGUGAAGCUUAUAAACAUCUUUUUUCUGGAGAAUAA